AGCAGAAAAAUGAUUCACUGGACACUUGUUGCACUUGCGGCGGCUCUCAGCGCUGCCGUGCUGUUGCCCCAACCCUCCUGGGCCAAUCCCCUCGGUGGCGACGAAGACACCGUGGACAGACCCAACAUCGACUACCCGGCCCUCUUCAAGGCGUUCCUCGACAUGGGUAAUGCCAUCUUCGGUAACUGGGCCCCCGUCGGCUUCCGGGAGGAGUUGGACGUGCAGCGGGCCUCGUUUUAUGGAUAGGCGGCUCCUAUAUCUCACUUUCUUUCUAUAAAGAUAUUGCAUAACUGUCGCAUGCUGCAGCAAUAAAUAUACCCUGAAACCGAAA